CGAUCCCCAAGGAGAUCCUGGAUCCCCUUCAAGAAGCAGUUCAAGUCGAACCCCCGAAGCUGUAGGUGCGCGUCGACGAUUUUUUCCGUACAAAGAUCGAUAAAAAUCGGUUCACCUGCGCACCUUUUCGAUCGUCGCGCGAUAAAGCGUACCGAUACACAUUCACUUUUACGGAACAUCGGUAUUCUUUCGCCAAGAAUUUCGAUAUACAUUCGCGGUAAAAAGUUUGCGCAACGUGAAUCAGAAAGAAGAACGACGUAGCGUAUACCCUACUGUGUCUAAGUUCAGCGAAGUUUAACGUAUUUAUCUGUCAUUGGAAAAGUGUUCGACGGUCAGAAUUCGCCUCCUUCCCCAUCGGAUAAAACUGGCCGAUAAGAAUAGGAUAGCUGGACAGUGUCGUGUGAAGAAGUUCCGGAAGUAAGAAGCAACGGAACCCAUAGAUGGCCGUCAGCACCCUCAACAUGGCACCCUAUUUCACUGGAUAUCCAUUCCAAGGACAAGGCCGCGUCAAUCAACUCGGCGGUGUCUUCAUAAACGGUCGUCCUCUGCCGAAUCACAUCCGUCUGAAGAUCGUCGAAAUGGCAGCCGCGGGGGUCAGGCCCUGCGUGAUCUCCAGGCAACUUCGAGUCUCCCACGGAUGCGUAUCGAAGAUUUUGAACCGCUACCAGGAAACGGGAUCCAUAAGGCCGGGCGUAAUCGGUGGCAGCAAACCCCGAGUCGCUACCCCAGAAGUCGAGGCGAGGAUCGAAGAUCUGAAGAGACAAAAUCCCGGGAUUUUCAGCUGGGAAAUCCGUGACAAAUUGAUCAAGCAGGACGGAGUUUGCGACAAGGCGUCCGCACCGUCCGUAUCCAGCAUCUCGCGACUUCUGAGAGGACCCACGAGCCACACGAGACCUGGAGACGAUCCUCGGAGGAAUCACUCCAUAGAUGGAAUAUUGGGUGGCAGUAGCGGCGACGAUUCCGACACGGAAAGCGAACCAGGAAUAGCGCUGAAGAGAAAACAGCGUCGAAGUCGAACGACGUUCACCGGCGAACAGUUGGAGCAGUUGGAAGCUGCUUUCCACCGCACGCAAUACCCGGACGUUUACACGAGGGAGGAGCUGGCCCAAAAGACGAAACUUACGGAAGCUCGAGUCCAGGUCUGGUUCAGCAACAGGAGGGCGCGUCUCCGAAAGCAACUGAACAGCCAACAGCUGAACGCGUUCAACAGCAUGGGACUUCAGUCCUUCCAGAGCCAACACUACGGUACCGGUGCCGAGGGCUAUCAAAGUUACGGUCAAGCGUCCGCCGCUGCAGCGGCGAGCACCGGAGGGUACUCCCAACAUUACAACUACGGCGAAAACUAUUACGCGGCUGCGGCUCAGCAGCAAUGGCCCCGGGCUACCGCAGAAAACUACGGGCUCUUCAACGCGUCGCAUUACGGCGGUACGAAUCUGUCGUCGGCGAAUUUGAAUCUGAGCAGUUUGAGCGGUGGCGUGAGUCCGACGGCGUCCAAUAUGAGCGCGUGCAUGGUCCAGGGGGCAGGUUCUGGUAUACCGAGUUCCGGUAUGGCUCAUCACGUCACUCCGCACAGCCCGAGUGAAGCCAAAAGCGGAUAUCCCUACCUCGGAGGAAUAGAAUCGCAAGUUUGUGGCAGAGUUCAUUAAAAACAAAAAAAUCGAGCGACGUUACAUUGUCGCGGUAUUUCCAAAAUUACACCGUUCUUAUGCCUACUGUUAGUAACACUCGUUCGCCAUAUUCGUCUACCCAGUGACGCGUUAUCGAUCGUUAAAUUAUUUAUAAAUACAUGAUUAUAUUAUUAUCGAUAAACGCAAAGUAUUUAUAACACAGGAUUCGAUCGUACAUCAGCUGCUACAAGUUACGUUAGUCCGCAAACACUUUUAAUCUUGCCUCUAUUAUAUAAAUUUACGCAUAAUCAAACUAACAUAUACGUUAUUAUAUAAUAUACAUGUACAUAGUAUAACUAUCCAUAAUUUUGCAGAGAUUUAGAUCAUUAAAAAUUGUAAAUAAAUAUAAAUAUGAUAAAUAUAUAUACGAAGCUAUCUAUAAAGAAUAAAAUCGGGAGUCUACGAUAUCGAUUUAAGAAAAUUGUAACUCGCUAUAUGUAUAAAAUUGGAGAAUAUUAUCGCCUUACCUAUAAUCUUAUAUGUGAUUGUCGUAUGAAAACGCUAAUAAUAUAAUGACUAGUUCUUCGAUUAUUUAAUUGGCCAGUUGUAAAUAUACGAGAAAAAAAAAAAAAACAUAUUAUCACGAUACCCGUGUCCUGUAUGCAUUAUCUUAAUAACUGAAAAGUACUAUUCACACACGUGUUUCCUACGAGUAUAUAGCUGAAAUUCUAUAUCAUGUUCCCCAUGCUGACCGUUCGAUGUUCUCAUCCAUUAUACCUAUGCAAUAAACAAUUUGUUUCCUAUAAA